AUGGUAGCGAGAGGAGCUUCCCGGCUGUUCUCUCGACAUUGUCCGCCGCUCCCGAUUAAUUGGAGGUCCAUGGCCCUGAAUAAAGUCGUCAUUCGUGCGACCCAGUGGGGGUUCAGUCCAUUUCUUUCACGUAAUGAGAGCCAUGGGAAUCCCUGGAAGGUCCGGGAUGAUCUGUGCGUCUGUUCUCAGGGCACUUCGAAAGGUGUACUGCGAUUGAGAAGUUGUCUAGAUCGCCACGAGGGUGUUCUCCGAAGGGCAGGCGAUGGAUCCCGAAAAGCCCAUGCUGUAGCACCACCAUACAGCAAGUCAGUUCAUGGUUCGGACGAGGUGCGCGUUGCUAAAUUGGCAAACGGUCGUGGAACUCCUCUUGGAUUUCUGAGCCAUUCUUCGGCUGAUAAACUUGUCGUCGCCGUCGACGUUGAUGAAGGUAUUCCUCAGAGAUGACUCGACUUUUGCUGUCUGUCUGUCUGUUGCUUGUUUGAUUUGAUGCCUUCCUGAAUGAAUGCCUUGACUUGGUAAAAUGAAUGGGUUCGUAGGUGAAGGAUACACCGAAACGGGCCAUCUUCCCAUUUUUAAAAGGCAUUGCUCGAGGAGAUUUUCUCUCAGAAAUUCGUCCUCCCAAUUCUCUGUGAUUCGCAUUUCUCAAAAAGUUUACGCUGUACUCACGCUCUGUGUUUCACUUGAAUGUCUCCAUCCUGAAACGUUGGAAUCUCAUCUACACUGAUUGACCUGGAUCGAGAUCACCCACGUCUUAAUUCUCUCGUUAUUGAUUCCUCAUACUUUAUAUAAUUGGGCUUCGAACACUUUUUGAUCAUCAACCAUCAUCGUAUAAAAGUGAGGCCAUUCCACUUGAGUCUCUGUUCCUAUGAAUCAAGUACCUGGUAAACAUUUCGAACCAGUUCUUGGGUGGUUAGGAUGGUGAGAUUCCGAAACACUUGAUAUGAAGUGAAAAUGAAAUCUUAACAGGACCUUGCCCCCCGCUUUUGGAAUUCUUUUCCUCAGUACUUCCAUUUUAUCUUCACUUGCAGUACUCGGAAGCUUUCUCUCGGCGUUGAACAAGUUCAUUGCGGAGCACUACUGCGCUGACCAUGCACUCUCGGAGUUCUACGUUUAUGAGUUCUUCAAGGUAUUCGCAGUCUGAUUUGCAGGCGUCUGAUUAGGCCAGGCCAGGCCAGGCCAGGCUCUCUCAUGUUGCCAUGCCCUUGGAGCCUUUUCUUCUUUUUUUAUCCCCGUCUGAGGCCUGUGGCGGCUCUUAAUUACCUCAUUUGUCUGAUGAUUAGUCUGCAUGUUUUCCCUGACAGAUAUGGAAGUGCUCCCGUACUGAAGGUACCACCUCCAACAUUUAUUUAUUUAUUUAUUAUGACUUUUUAUCGAUCCUUUAUCUCUUUUCUCCUUUAAAAAAAAAGAAAUAAAAAGAAAAAGAAAAAGAAAAAGCAGGUCUUCGUCUCAUUCUCUCCCCCCUCCACCAUCUUCGCUGCAAUCUUUUCAUUCCAGGGUGUGUGUAUAUAUAUAUAACCCUUUUGCUCUUCAAUAAUUGUGAUUAUUCAAUAAUAAUGCCUGGGUUUUAUUUUUAUUUUUAUUUUUAUUUUAUUUUAUGACUUGGCAGCUGAUAUCCGGGUUCAUGAGUUCUUUAAGACCAUGUACUUCAAGAGGGGAGUUCAGCCCAUACCGGGGGCCCGUCAGGUGCUCGACAAGCUCUCGACCUUCUGCCAUUUAUCCGUCGUCACGUACGCCCUCGCCAGAACAAGAUUCUCCCCGUUCUUCUUGCUCGAGCCCUGUUGGGUUAGCGUGCUCACUAUUUAUGGGUUUUUUCGUUUUCUCGAAGAUCUCGGCAGAAUGUCAUCAAAGACCACACCUUGGAGUGGCUCGAAGAACACUACCCCGGCCUGUUUCAGGAGAUCCAUUUCGGUAACCAUUUCGCCCUGGACGGUGGCCAUUCCAGGCCCAAGUCUGAGAUCUGCAGGUACAACCCCCUCGCCAUUCUCUCCUCUUCCCCCUCCCCCCCGCCAUCUGCUCUGCAAUCCCCCGCUCCACUCCACCGGCCCCCCCAUGGUUGACUUCUGAUGGCCCUCUGAAAAAACCGAGCCUAGAUUUCCAAAUUCAGGAUUUUAGUACUCGGGUCGUCGCCCGUGGUAGUCAACGGCUGAACAUUGGCCCCGCGGCUGCCGUCGCAGGGGCAUGGGUGCGCGGCUGCUGAUCGACGACAACCCCAGGUACGCGCUGGAGUGCGCGGAGGCGGGCAUCAGCGUGCUGCUCUUCGACUACGGCAACUCGUAUCCCUGGAGCAAGUGCCCGGCGGCGGCGGCCCACCCCCUCGUCACCAGGGUCCACGGCUGGGACGACGUCCACCGGAGCAUCCUCUCGCUUGUGGCCUCCUCCCCUUAG